AUGGUCAUGAAAGAAGUGGAGACACAAGAAGAAUAUGAAUCUCUUAAACAAGAAAGUAGAGAAAGAUUAGUUGUGAUUGAUUUUUAUGCUGAAUGGUGCGGUCCUUGCAAAAUGGCAUCAAGACCAUAUGACGAACUUUCUGAAAAAUAUCCCGAUAUUACUUUUGUAAAGAUCAAUAUAGAAAACCUUGAAUCUGCUGUGGAAGAAAAUGAUGUAAAUGCUCUUCCAACAUUCGCAUUUUGGAAGGAUGGGAAAAGACUCGAAAGCAUUUGUGGCACUAACAUUUGUAAAAUAGAAGAAAUGGUUGAAAAAUUCAAAUAG